AUGGGGCGGCGGUGGCAGCAGUGGGUUCGAUUGCGUGUGGCAUACGGGGUGGGAGCAGAGCCCAGGCCCAGAACAGGUGCUGCCGCCAGCGACCGUGGGGAACGUGUUGGCCGGGCCGCUAGCUCGCUGCCCGCAGGGCCACCACCACCCGCGCCCGCCCUCGUGGGUCUGCCACCGCCUCCACCCUCUCCUCCGGGUUUCAUGCUGCUGCCAAUUGCCUGGACUGCAGGCGCCAGCACCUCAGGGACCAUGGACGAUGGGGCCUGCAGCUGCCUUCCCAACCCCAGCACGUUGGAGGAGUGCCACGGCAAGUGCAAGGAGCUGUUUCCUGUUCAGAUGGCAGGUGUCAAGCUCACAUUUAACAAAGGGGUGAGUAACCAUUUCCAGGUGAACCACACAGUAGCCCUCAGCACAAUCGGGGAGUCCAACUACCAUUUCAGGGUCACGUACGUGGGGACAAAGCAGCUGAGUCCCACAGAGGCAUUCCCCGUGUUGGUGGGCGACAUGGACAAUAGUGGCAGCCUCAGCGCUCAGGUCAUUCACCAGCUGGGCCCCGGCCUCAGGUCCAAGAUGGCCAUCAGGACCAAGGAGUCAAAGUUGGUGAACUGGCAGGUGGAUGGGGAGUACCGGGGUUCUGACUUCACAGCAGCCAUCACCCUCUGGAACCCAGACGUCCUGGUGGGUUCAGGAAUCCUCGUGGCCCACUUCCUCCAGAGCAUCCCGCCGUGGCUGGCACUGGGUGGAGAGCUGGUCUACCACCGGCGGCCUGGGGAGGAGGGAACUGUCAUGUCUCUAGCUGGGAAAUACACACUGAACAACUGGUUGGCGACAGUAACGUUGGGCCAGGCGGGCAUGCACGUGACAUUACACAAAGCCAGUGACCAGCUGCAGGUAGGCAUGGCGUUUGAGGCCAGCACAAGAAUGCAAGACACGAGUGUCUCCUUCAGGUGCCAGCUGGACUUGCCCAAGGCCAACCUCCUCUUCAAAGGCUCCGUGGACAGCAACAGGAUCGUGGGUGCCACGCUGCAGAAGCUCCCGCCCCUGCCCUUGACGCUGGCCCUCGGGGCUUUCCUGAAUCACCACAAGAACAAGUUCCAGUGUGGCUUUGGCCUCAUCAUUGGCUGA